UUACGUGGUGCAUGUGCAAAUUUACUUGUUACAUUAAUUCAAACAACAAAUCAUCUUUUAACACUAUCAUCAUUAUCAAAUUCAUUUAAUAAUUCUUUUAUUAAUCAAUGUUCACUUGUAUCAACUGAUUCACAAGUCAAUUCAAGUCAUGCAUUUACAAGCAUAGAAAUUAAAUUAUUAAAAGAUUCUAUUCAACAUACUACAAGUUCCUGUAUUCUUGCUAAAUUUGCUCUAGCUCAACUUAUGGAUGAUAUUGAUUUUCGAAUAUUAACUUAUCUUGACCAACAAUUAAAACAACAGUACCCUGAUAUACGUGUUCGUCAAGCAAUUGCUUCGACUUUUGUUAACAAACGAAAAAAUGUUUUGAAAGUAGCACAAAUGAUUCAACAUUUUAUUUAUUGUAUUGCUGAAUUUCUUGUUAUGUUAUCACAUGAUACACUUCAUUCAAAACGAGCUAUUAAAAUACAAGAUUUAAUAAAACAUAAUGAUUCAUUAUUAACAAGUGGACAUGAACCUGAAACACAUACUUUGGCAGCAUUAGAACCAGUUUUAUAUGAUUUUUUUUCUUAAGCAUGGUGGUCACCAAUGUUAACACCAUCAUCAUUAAUAACACAUUUAUCUAUAAGUAGUCAAUUACAAUCUUAUUGUGAUUUAAUAUGUCAUCAUGAAUUAUAUGUUGAACAUUUUACAUCAAUAACAACACAUUAUCAAUUGUUAUUAUUAUUUUUUAUUGAACAAAGUGAUACAUGCACAUAUGUACAUAAUUUAUCUGGUGUUAUACAUCAUACAUCAGUUGCAAGUCAUUUAUUCGUUUGUGAAGGAAUACAUUUAUAUGAAAGUGGUCUUAUAUUAGUUUUAUUAAUUGAACAAUUUCUUCCCAUUACCAUUAAAUGA